AUGGCUCGCCUCCAGGCUUUCUUCCUCUUGGCUCUGUGCAAGCAGGCCUUUGCUCUCAUGGCCCCGAUCCCAGCCUACGUCGCCUUCCUCCCCGGAUGCCAGGUCCGAGCUGUCCCCGGUGGCCCUCUGGUAACCCUGACUGGCACCGUCCAUGACGUCCAGAAGCGUGCUACACAGUUGAAUCCCAACUGGGCUGCCAAGUACACGGGCAACAACUCUACGGACAACCGCAUCGAGAGCCACGGGUCUAACAAACGAACCGACUUCUCCGUUACCUGCGAUAACCCCCAUGGCUGGUUUGGUGCCAACCCGGCAUUCAUUGAUAACGGAAUUCGCUAUCUCUCGGGUGUCCAGGGCCGUCCAACCAACGAGGCCGGCCCAGGAAACUGCGGCAGAGACUCGAAGCCAAAGACGCUUGAUUCGUUUGGGAGCAUUGCCGACGGCGCUCGCCAUGUUUUGGAGACGUGCCUUCGGGAGCUGGACAGCGUCCAUUCAGCCAUCAGGUACAACCGCGUGUAA